AUGGAUAUUACCAGGUCGGAACUUUUUGAGCAAUAUGAGCAAGACUUUGAGCAAAUCUCUCAGAGUAUUUUACAAAAAAUAAAUGUUACUCUUCCAUCACAGUCAGGAGAAAAGCGUAAAGCUACAACCCGUGCAGCUGAACGUGAAAUUGAAGAAGCUGAGGAAAUCGUUGCUCAAAUGGAAAUGGAAGUUAUGAAUUUACCGACCGCAACCCGUGCCCGCCUUCAGGCUAAAGUGAGAGUUUAUAAAAGUAAUGUGGAAAAGUUGAAACGUGAUUUGAGGGCUGCUAGGUCACGAAUUACAGGAACUUCAGAUCGAGAUGAAUUACUUGCUGGAUCUAAUGGUACCGACCUUGAUAGUGAGUCGAUGAACCAACGUUCCAAACUUUUGAGUGGAACUGAAAGACUAGCUGAUAGUAGCAGACGCCUACAAGAUAGUCAUAGAAUUGCUUUGGAAACAG